UCUAAUGCUUAUGGACCAUCGAAUUAAUUUGUCUCUACCAAACUAGUUAACGGAAGCUACGGCGCGAGUGACAAAAUGAAACAUUUGUAUAAUUAUGUGAAGCGUAACUGAGUGUGAGGGUUUUGAAAGAAAGAGUGAAAAUGUUAUUCGUGAAGUGUGAAAUAUGUACUGAUAUAGUGUGAAGGAUUUAAUACUAAUAUCAUAAAAUUGAAGAAUUGAGAAGUGAUCAAAGAUGGGGGAACAAUUUCAUAAAAAUUCUGCAGGAGUCCGAAAUAUGUCUUUGAAAAUGAAUACUAAUUUUAACAGGGGUAGAAGUUCAAACUUUGCACAGUUUCAAACAGAGGGAAAAAAUUCACACUUCAAACAAAGGGAAUCACAUCUUCAACCAGAGGGGAAAAAUUAUGCAAUUUCACAUGUGGAUUCCUCAUUUAAAGAGUCUGGUUUAGGCUUGAAUAAAAUACAUCAAAAACAACUGCAUCAAGAAAAUGUUAAAACUAAAGGAAAACUGCAGGUCAAGGAUAUGCCACCCAUAGAAAAUCUGGAUAUAUCAAAAAUUGAAAAAGGAAUGAAAAAGAUUGGCAUAGUACAUGCUGUUGUUGACAAGUUAGUCAUAGUUAAAGCAUUGGAAGAUACGCAACAGUUAGAAUUAGAUUCUGUAUUGUUUCUGUCUUCAGGAAACCCUCUUGGCCAGGUUUUUGAGAAAUUUGGUAAGCAUGAGCCAUUUUACUGCAUUAGAUUCAAGAAUAGUGAACAUAUAAAAAGUAAAGGCAUUGCUGUAGAUGAUGAAGUAUUUUUUGCCCCAGAUAAAAUGGCUGCUACUCCACAAGCAGUUGAGGAAACAACAAAAAA